AUGCGCCUCCGCUUCAAGUUCCGGGACACAAGCCCUUCCGACAUUCGUAUUCAAUUCACAGACCAGUCCAAAUCCUAUAUCGGACGUCAAGCUGAGGCCUACCCAGACCAGCCCACCAUGUGGCUCAAUAUGCAUCCUAGAUUGCACACGCAGGACGCGGCUCAGCAGAAGGUGCAAUCCGACGUGCUCCACGAGUUCGGACAUGCGUUGGGUCUGAUACACGAGCACAAGCACCCGCAUUGCAAGGCCAAGUGGAACUAUAACCAGCUUAUGGACAGGAAUCAAUGGGAAUUAGAUACGGUGCGCUACAACUACAACGAUGAUACGCAGAGCGCCAUCAACACCAGGUGGGAGAGGGCAUACGAUCGAAAGUCGAUUAUGCACUACGCUAUCGCGAGGGGAGACACGCAGAGCGGGCUGAUGGAUGUCCCUCAGAAUAUUGUGCUCUCUGAAAGCGACAAGGAGACGUUGGCGCUGAUCUACCCAUCGGUUGCUGUUGUGAAGCAACACUCCACGGUGUCUAAAGAGCCCACGAAGAAGUAUGAGAAGGAGAAAAGGGAGAAGAAGCCCAAAGAGUCCAUGAAGAAAGUUAGGAAGGAGAAGGAGAAACGUCCUACGAUGUUGGAGCCCCAGCAAGAAUGGGAUGUCAGCGUGAACAACCCUCCCAGAGUUUACGGGGUUUACCAGGGGCCAAAUGGCGCGAGUUCGGUCAUGAUUCAUGGCCCCGGUCAUGUCUUCGUCUCUGGCGAUGGAAAUACGGUCGCCUACGGCGAUUGUACGGUCUGGGCCAGCGGAAAUACCCACGUUUAUGUCAAUGGGAGUGGUUCUGCAAGGGUGAGUGGGAACGCUAUGGUUGAAUUCACAGGCACAGGCAGAGGAGAUGUCACUGAGAAUGGUUCUAUUCGUUGGUACUCCUGA